ACUGCACGUCCACCUUACAUUUUGUCCUAGUGUCCUAUAUGUUUUAAUCUGCAGGUGAGAAGUAUCAGUUGGACAAAAGGACAGCUAGAAAAGACUUUUAGAUCAGGCUGACUAAAGGUCCUCACUUCUCAGCAGGUUGUCAGCGUGAUGUCUACUGCCUCAGUUAACUGCAGCCUGUCUGACCAGUAACCUUAAGCGUGUGGCAAAACAACCAGAGUCUGUCCAGACAAGGAUUAAUCCGAAUCAGAGGUGUGACAUCCUGGCCGGAUUUUUGUAGGUCUCUUUAGCGUGAGUUUCUCUGAUGGUUUUGACUUCCUGGAAGCCGGAAGGAAGACAUACAGUGUAGGCCAAUAAACAGACUCGGUUGAUCUUUCAUUUAAAAAUCUAUACAAGUGAGUGUUUGGCGACUAUAAAACGCAAACUAGCAGUGAAGAGGAGAUCUGAUACAUUUCUAAACUGGAUUAAAAUCUGGAUCCCUAAAUGAGCCCAAACAUUGCACUCCACGUGCUUCCAUGUUGCAUUCUCUGUGUCCAUGUCAUAAAGGCUGGCUGACCUCUCUCAGUGCAUGUCCUUCAUUAUACAGGGUCGGCAUUUUCAAAUGGCACCCACGAGAUGUGACAGCUGACCACCUGUUGCUCGCAGGUCGACCAGCCUCCAUAAUGUAUAUGUGUGUGUGUGUGUGUGUGUGUGUGUUUGUUAGUGUUGAUGGUUCAUACAUGAUUCACUGCAUUUUAUCAAUAAUGAAACGGAGGUUCUUUUUAAAAAACCCCAACAUCCAAAUAUAUCCAUUUGCGUGACAAAGAUCCGCCCUCACAGAAAUCUCCUCAAAAGCUGAUGCAGCUGUGUGCUUGUGUUUACUGAGCUGCAGCAGAAACUUACUGCUUGUUUCUUUAAUAGACAAUCUGUUUUGUGAUCAUGUUCUUAUUAUUAUGAAGGGAGAGCAGCGUUUGCACGACGGCAUCGCUGCAGUUCCUGUUGUGAUUUACGAGGCUUAGAGGAGCGACAGAUGGUGGAGGUACAGAACCAUGUCACAGCCAAUCUCAACAGUUUAGCCCUAAGUUUAUUACCACCCACAGGUCACUCAAUUAACCUAAUUGCAAGCAGUUGUUGUGCUACCUUAGCUAGAGAUAAGUGGGCUUCCUCAGCUGUGUGUGUGUGUGUGUUUGGCUGUGUGUUAAUCCAUGGGAUGGUAGACCAUCGCUGCACCAUAUGGUCAAGACAGAGAAUGGAUGGAUUUAAAACUACGAUCAUCCUGGUGCAUUACAAGAUGAGUGUCAGUAUCAUUUUCUCUGGCCCCAUGGAAGUGAGCCGAGGCAAACAGCUUUACAGCUCAGGUCCAAGGACACGAGACCACAGACGCUCCAGUGCCCCCCCUCAACACUGAACCAAGUGACCCAGAACCCCACAGUCCACAGUCGCCUGCUGCGGCUGGCAAAGUGGAAGCUGAAGGCGGAAAGAGAUGACGUCUCGUGUUUUUAACGGAGAGGUGAUGGUCCAGGACAACCUGCUACCAAGUAAAGACAGCUUGCUCUGUGGUUGCUGUUUGUUGUAAAGCUUAAGGACCUGAACAAGAGCAGGAAAAUAUCUUAAAAAACGUACAUGGUGGCAGGACAUAACUGACAGAAGAAAAAUGUCUCGAACGGAAGAAGUCAACAAGAUGACAGAAAAUGUCUACAAGGGGAUUUUGGAUCAGUUCAACCCCAGUCUGAAGAACUUUGUGACGAUGGGGAAACACUAUGAGAAAGCCCUGACAGGAGUAACUGUGGCUGCAAAAGGGUACUUUGACGCUCUGGUGAAACUGGGAGAACUGGCGAGCGACAGCCAAGGCUCCAAAGAGCUGGGUGACACACUGUUUCAGAUGGCCGAGGUCCACAGACAGAUUCAGGUGCAGCUGGAAGACGUGUUAAAGCUGUUUCACUCUGAGCUGCUCGCCCAGUUGGAGCAGAAGCUGGAGCUGGACAUCAAAUACCUCACAGCCACUUUGAAGAAGUAUCAGAGCGAGCGGCGGUCGAAAUCUGAGUCCAUUGAGCGUUGCCAGUCGCAGCUGAAGAAACUCCGCAGGAAGAGCCAGGGCAGCCGUCACCCAAACAAAUAUGGAGACAGAGAAAUGCAGUUUGUGGAGCUGAUGAGUCGCCGCCAAGGUGAGCUGGAUGCUUUGGUUGCCACGGGUUACAAGUCUGCGCUCACCGAGGAAAGGAGACGAUACUGCUUCCUGGUGGACAGACAGUGUUGUGUUACCAAACUACUCAUCAACUACCACUCCAAGGUAAGAGAGCUCCUGUCACAGAAACUGUCAUCCUGGCAGCAGUCAUGUUCUCAGCCCACGAAACUCCCAGAGCGCGCUCUGAACCUGCUGCGUCACACCGCGCCUCAAAGCUCGGGGGCUGCCGGGAUAGCCGAGGUCCUCCGUCACACCAAGCUCGGCUCUGCUCAGACCGAACAGAAGCUUUCUGUUCAAGAAGUCCCUCCUCUGUUGAACGGAGACUCCAGUCGCUCCCAGCAGCAGCGCUCACUCCCCUCCAACACCCAGAGUGAUACCUGUCCUCCUCAGGGUUCCCCUCAGACUUUCCGCUCUCUCACCACUGGAGGAGCUGCCGGAGGUUCAUCACGAGGAGCAUCUCCUCAACACACCAGCACUCCCGUCAGUGCAUCAGCAAGCCCCCUCCCUGACAGCAGCACCAGUGGCAGCGCCAGCCCUGCUGCAUCCACUCCCACCACGUCCAACAGCUCGACCCAGCAAAGCUCUCUCCUCCUGGCCACCAACACAUCCAACCUCUCACCGUGUCUCAUCCCCUCCACGGUGAUGUCACUAAGCCAGAUCUCCCCGGCCAGCGGCUCAGUGCAUGGCGUGACCCUCCCCAUCCCCCACGGUGCUCCUCACAGUCCUCCACUGCCCCACAGUGCUCCUCUCUCCAGGGCCAUGACUCCUGUGCAAUUACUGCACCAACAGAUGGGAGCAGGUGGGAGCAACACUUCCUCACCUUCACAUAAUUCCUGGCUGCUGAAAGCCACUGAGAUGUCGGCAACAGCAACACUCCCACUGCCGAGGAGACCUCUCAGUGAAAUGAGGCUGGGUGGCUUUCAAGGCUCCAGUCUACCCAGGAUGCUUCCUUUAUCUGGACCUACAUGUGUAGAAGCCAUGUUUGCUCACACUCCUGCAGCAUUGGAGGGCAGAGGCGUAGGGGGCGGAGCUUGCUUACUGCACUUCCUGCCCGGUGACAACAUCGCCCUGCUCAUCUCUGAGCCGAGAGACGGAUGGCACUACGGUCAAAAUGAACGAACUGGGCGGAAAGGCUGGUUCCCUUUCUCCUACACUCAGCCACACCUCAGUAAGAUUGAUCACCUCGAGAACUCUCUCUUCUUAUCUAAGGCUAACAGCACCAGUACAGGCCAGCUUGACAAGCUGGUGUCUCCCGGUUUGCCAGCUCUUACCCCCGAAUCAGAGGAGGAGCGCUCUCUUCCGCCCCAGAGGGUCAGCACCUUCCGUCCACGCCCAUACAGCAUGGCUGACAGCAACAAGAUCACCUCAGAAUUGGUCUCUCCACCACCCUCCCCAACCAGGAUCAAUCCGUUUGCCCACAUCCGACUUAGGAAAACUGUCACCAAUGACCGCUCUGCUCCCAUCAUUGAUUCUCUUUGUUCAGCUGAUCUAGGGACUGGCUCCUAAUAGCAGGUUGUGAACCUUCAUUUACACUGUAGUGUUACGGUGUCAAUGGGGAGAGGACAGGCUCCUGUUAAAAAAAAAAAGUGCUAUUAUGAUAUUAUAUUUUUUAGAAAAGCUGCUAGAUUGUUGCAUUUUCUUGAUCUCAAUGAAGGUAAACUUUUAACUUUUUUCAAAGUGGGGUUUUUUAAUUUUAAAACAUGGUUAUUUGGCUGAAACUUGACCUGUUUUAUUGGUUCGGUGAGUUAGUCUUGUGUCAUUUUUACCUUAAAAUCACUCUACAUGGGUAAUGUUACGUACACUGCCCGUGUUACAACAUAUCUAAAGUUUAUGCUAGUUAACACUAUACAUUUUGCUGCUGUUAAGUUACGCAUUUUUGUAUUAGUAUAACUUUUUACCUGUACUCAAAAUACAUUGUAAAAACACUUCUACCUUAAAUUUGAUUAUUCAGAUGAUUGCUCAGUGAGACUUUGUUAGUUUCUCAGUGGAAUACUUAUUUAAUACAGUACAAGUCCUACAAAAUAAAGAAACACUCAUGAGCUUUGCAGACACAAACUGUGGCAGUUAAUAGGGGAAUGUUUGGAUGGUGUUAUUAUUGAAAGAAGUGUUUCUUUAGAAAGUAGCAAGUUGUGGAGGGUUCAAAAUGUGAAGAUUAAGAGAUUUGCAUGCUCGGUCUUUGGAUUUGAUGUCUUCUUGAUUCCUUUUCAGUCCCAACUCUAAAGCUAGACAACAUCUAGGCUAGUUGAUUGUAGCUGUAUGUUUACCAAUCAAACUGAGCAGAAUCUUAAAGAGAGACGUGAAAGCCAAGACAGAUCAUAGGAUUAAGUCUUAUUGGGGAAAUGUAUCCAUGAAAGUGAUGAAGAAAGUACACGGGAAGUUGGCCAACGUCUGAGCAAGUGUAAACUAGAGAUAUCCAAAGUAAUAUUCUGUAAGUCGGUAGUUGCCUCUAGCAAACUGUGGUUUAAAGGUGGAACUUUUAAUCUGUGCAAAGUGAAAUGGUUUUUGUUCCUAUUGUAAUUGCCUUGACUUUCUAUGAUUGUCUAGCGGCUUAAAGAUUAAAGAUAUCGCCCACACGGGUUGUAGUAAAUCAUUUCACACAGUGAAUAUUAUUACUUAGCAGUAUGGCAUCAUUAAUAACGGUGACAGAAAAAUGAUAGCGCUAGUGCUUAUUCAUGCUUGUAUAUAGUGCCUUAAAUGUGUGUGUUUGUGUGUGUAUAUGACUUUUGUUUGACUAUUUUUAUGAUGAUAUUUCACUUUGGUGGAACAGGAUGACUUUGUUGAGGCAGUGAACCUCCAAUACAUUCAGGGUAUUCAAACUGAACAUGAAAUGAGACUUCUUACACGACGCAGUGAAAAUUCUGAAUAGCAUAUUAUUAUCACGAAUAUUGAUUCAUCUAGUCUUUAAUCUCUGACUCAAACUGAAAUAAGUUUGGGGCAAGUGAAAAUGCAACACAUUAAAAAACUAAUUAUUUAGCCAGAGUGCAUUAAUGGAAAAUGUGUGAAAAUUAGUGUAGAAAUUGAUUGACACAGAAGAAUAAUAUAGUAUAUGUGCAACACAAAAAUAAGUUUGAGGUAUGAAACACCCUCUAAGAAAGUCAUGGAAAAUUUAUAAAGGAAUGAAUGUGUGCACGCUGUUGUACAUGCAAGAAGAUCGCUAAAUGAAUGAUAUCAAGUUUACCGCUUGAUUGCAGAAACUUGUCGUAAGUCAAACACUCUUCUUCCAAAGUAGAAUAUUGUUUUACCAUUGCACACCCAUUUUACAGUCACUUGGUUCUGUAUAAAAUGACGCAAUGUAAACAGACCGCAAGUGUGUUCUCUGAAUUGCAUCGACAUGAGAUCCUGUUGAUUGCAGAAGAUAUUAUUAUAAUGAUGAAUACUGCUGAAGACUUUCUUUACCUUAAACACUGAAUAUUGUCUUGUUGUGAAAUAAAAGUUCU